UAAGAUCUAGUUCGGGACUCGGGAGCGAUUCUGGGAAUCCGGUUCGGUUCCCUCAGUUUUAGACACCCGUCUGGAACAAGAAGGCCAUGUGCUGCUAAUAAACCAAACAUUUACUGGAUAUAAUCGGGUCACUUCGAAGACAUAAGACUACUAAAACAUCAAGGUCUAGGAGUUGUAUUUGACUCUUUCUGUAAGCGGUUCUGGAUCGGUCAGUAUGGAGGGCUGGGUGACUCUGGCUCUGUUGCUGAGCCUCGGGGUCAAACGCUCCCUCACACAGAACGGUCUGGGUGAACCUCCUGUACCUCGUGGUUUAACCUUAAAUCCUGAUUUACCUGCACAGACUCUUACUUUGAGAUGGCAGAGUGACUCGUCGCUUUUUGACCUGGAGAUUUUCCACACCGAGCUCAUGAAUGUGGUGCUGAAUGUAAGCGCUCUUACAUCUCUGCCUUUGUCUUUUCAGCUGUUAAUCUGUGUUGUGUUGAAAUAUGCAUUUGGAUGGUCGGAUAUUCCUGUGAAGUCCGAGUCUUAUAUGUUUCCCCAAGAUAAAAUGGUUCCUGUGGGCAGUAACAUGAGCUUCUGCUGUAUUGUUAAGGAGAAGGAAGAUUUCAAAGAAAUCGUGUACGGGCAUCAGAAAAUGAACGCCACACGAUUGAGCAGAAGAACGUAUGCCAUCACAGUAACCAACCAGCCAGCAUUGGGCAACACGGGCACCAACGUGAUCUGCUUUUCCCAAAGAUUGACCCUCACAGGAGCUGUGGUGUUUGUAGGCUCAUCCGCAGAAUGUUCUUGGAAGAAAGGACGAGACACUCGCUUGAGAAUGAAGCGCAGCCGCACUAAAUACACCCUUAAUGGAAGGGACUGUUUGGAGGCUAAUGAAAAAAAGACAUGGUGGUGUAGCUCGAAGGUCUGGGAGGAGAACUGGACUCUGGUGGCUCGAAAUCCUCUUGGAACAGUCCAGCUUACUGACUCGGCCCAACUCACUGACCGCGUACAUCUGUUGGCUCCAGCGAAUGUGACCGCGGUUGAAGUCAAGGCGUGGAGCGCCACACUGCUGUGGAGCUGGUCUGUGGCGGCGUAUAAAAAGCUGGAGAUGGUCUGCCAGCUGCGGCUCUUCACCCAUGAACUUUCCAGCACACGUAACUACGGUGGUCCAGGUUCAGCUGUUGCUUAUGUGAAUAACAUGACUCACAGUCUAGAAUUUGUUUUUGAUGGUUUGUAUGUGAAUCUGUUCCAUGUGUCUCUCUCUUUCGUUGGAUCUUCUGUAGUUCCUUCUCAGUCGGUUAGUGAGCUGUCACCCAAUCAGAUUGGCUCUGAUGUGCUGCUGUCUUGGAGAGCCACCGAGAUGAAACAGCAGAGAGGCUUCAUACGUGGAUACACCAUCUACCUGGCAAAUGCUGCACAUCUGGAUCUCAUUGCUAAUAUCACUGAUCCUGAAGUGCAGUCGUACAGGGUGAAAGGUUUGUCUCUGAGCUCGUAUAAGUUCGUAGUGAAGGCCUACACCUCAGCUGGGGAGGACGCGGGGGCCACUGUGUCCAUUAAAAUGGAGAUGGACACUGACAUGCUGUUUGUUGGCAUUCUCGUGCCGUUAGGAAUCAUGUUCUGCUGUCUCAUCCUUGUCAGCAUCUGCUGCUACAAGAAGAGAGAGUGGGUAAAGAAAGCUUUCUAUCCUGAAAUCCCUGGACCUAAAGUACCUGGAGACUGGUCCUCCUCACAGGGUCCUCUGGAUGUGAAGCCCUCUCCUCACAGUCUGGUCCACAUUGUGGAGAGUCCGGAGUGGGAUUUCACUAAGGAAGGUCUGUUCCCAGUACCAGAGGAAGAGGAGGAGUUUGAGAACGACAACAUCGAGGUAGACACUGACUCGGAUGAACCGGCCCUGCUGAGAUACUACAACCAGGUGGUCGGUGACGGCUCACACAGUAACCAGAUCUCGGACUCCUCCGGUUCCUCGACCGCCUCGGUGGGCUCCACGCAGACUGAAAUCACCUACGCUGGCAUCCAGAGCCCCACCUCCUCGCAGGGGGUGUGCGGUGGCGGAAGUUACAAGCCUCAAAUGCAGUCCGUCGCGGGUCCCAAAAUCGAAUUCGAGGCCGACUUCCAAGACGAUGGCUUGAAUACAGGCUACAAACCCCAGGGUUCCUGGCAGCUGGAUUCUCCAGAGGCAGAAAACUUUAGCGGUUCGCUUGGCAGCCCUACAUCGGUCACAUCAUCCCAGUUCCUCAUCCCAGAAUCCUCUGAAGAGCAACCACAGCCUCCAAACACCUGGUUCCACAAUCUUCUCUCUGGAAAAUCCUGAGAACGCACUAGCUUUUGUUUUUCACGUUUGUUUGUGCCGUUCACCUUUACGAGGAUGUUUUUCAGUUCGUUUUAGGGUUUGUGCCCUUACUGGAAAUCGCUCAUAUUUAACAUCACUACUGUUUCUCAAGGACUUGUGAUACUGACCAGAGAGGUUAAGUACUACUGAAGCGCUGAAGAUGGCUGUAUCUUCAUGCGCUCGCUCGGGGCAGUAUGACGUUUUGCCUAGGGAACAUCGCUUCUAUUCAUACAACAGUGUUCGUGCCUCUUUCUUGCAGUGUUAUUGGAGUGAUCGCAGUAAAUCUAGAUCCUUGCAGCAUUGUAUUGUGCGUAACAUUUCAUAGCUCUUUUUUUCAGAACAGUUUUGUAGCAGUCAGACAUAGGAGGUCCGAAAAGCAGCCCAAGUUCAGCAGGUUUGCACACAUUUCUCUACCAGUAAAACAUGUUGAUUUGCAUUUCAAAAGUUCAAAACCAGUGCAUUUAAGGCUUGUUCUCAAAACUGCAUCGCUUUCAGUUGAUUUAAAAAAAUUGUAUGUAGCUUCAUGCAACUUUUUCUCGAGUCUUGAUGUCUGUAAGCAGACACGUGUUGAAUAAGCUGACCGAACAAAAGGAAAAUGGGAGAAACUUUCAUCUUUGUUUUUUCUUAAACCGUUUCCCUGAUUAAGGAGACAGCUGUUGAAGUGUUUUCAUGAUCUUACAUUGUCAGCUUAAUCUCUGUAAGAUGCAUGUAAACACACUGUUACUGUUAAAGAUGUCAUGCAGCUAGCUAGUUGUGUGCAUUUUUGAUUAGUGGUUGACGCUCAGUCAGCAUAACUGAACAUCAUAAGCUCAGUCAGCAGAAAAUUACCUUCUCUGCUAGGGCUGCACGAGUUUCAGAAUAAAAUCAAAAUGCGAAUUUUUAUUUUUUCCUCUUCCUUUCA